CAUAUGUAAGAUAAAAGUCAAAAUAAUUCAAAUAUGAAAACAAUACUGUUCACUUUUUCAAGAAUGUGUUCGAGGGGAAAAAUAAGGCUUUUAUGUCAUAAUUUGUUUAAUGUCCACUAGAGAACAUUAUAUUAACCUAAAAUAUAAGAUGUGUAUAUUCUUUCCCUAAAUAAAUGCUACUAAAUUACCUAAUAUUAUUUACAUAUAUAUGGCAAUUAAUGAUUAUGAAUAAUAAAGAUUUGAUAACAAUUUUUGCAUCCUUCUUCAUUUUGUUUAAUUUUAUAUUAUUAAAAAAAUAAACAAUCACAUUAACCAUAUAAUAAAAAAAUUAGAUUUUUUCUUAUAUGUUAUAUUUUGAAUUUCUUAAAAUAACUUUAAAUUAUAAAAAUGAGGAAACCUUAUAUGUUAUAUUUUUUUUAAACGAGUUUAAAAUACAAAAAUGAGGACACCUUAUAUGUUAUAUUUUUCUUUUAUGUUAGAUUUUUUCUUAUAUGUUAUAUUUUGAUUUUUUUUAAACGAUUUUAAAUUAAUGUAAGUUUUCCGUAAGUAUACGACUAAAAAAAUUAAAAUGACAUGUAUCAAUUCGAUGGUUGAUUUGAAAGUUUUCAAAACCAUAUAGAAGAUAAAAGUCAAAAUAAUUCAACUGUGAAAACAAUACUGUUCACUUUUUUCAAGAAUGUGUUCGAUGAAAAAAAUAAGGUUUUAAGUCAUAAUUUGUUUAAUGUCCAAUCCGAUCAACUCAUGAUGUAUUAAUUAUACUUUUGUUCCAUUAUUUUUAAUAAAAAUUGAUCUGAUUCAUUGGAAAGAAAUUAUAUAAUAACAACAAUAAAUAUUUUAUAUAUAUAAAUAAAAUGAUCAAAUGUAUAAAAGAAACUAUCGAUAAUAUAUACAAAUAAACUCACCCUGCGCAAGGCGCAUGUCUUAUCCUAGUAAACAUUAAAAAGAAAAAUCAAGAGUAAAACCAAUUGUUAUACGUGAGGUUGAAAAUAUUGAGAGGAAAAUAACAUAUUCCUGCUCUGGGGAUCAAAAUAUUGCUUGGAGAAGACGUACCAUCUCUGCUUUGGACUCUUUAUGGCGAAAGUUCCUGAAUUUGAGACCAUUUCCGCAUAGAGACGGAACCAUCUUUCAAGCCUUAAUUAUGCUAUGAGCUGGACCUCAGAAAAUGACAAUAGUCCAACCAAACAAAUAAAAUGUAUCAGAGAUCUAUUCACAGUGUCUAUACAGUUACAUGUGAAGUAAGCCAAAGUGAAACCUUAAGUUAUUGUGUCAUAAAAAAAAAAAAAAUCAAAAUACUGAAAUGGGUUACAUGAACAAUCUAUUACACUAUAUGAUUAUUUAAAUGAAACGAAUGAAACAUGCGACAAGGUGCUGUGGUGUAGUGGUUAUCACGUUUGCCUUACACGCAAAAGGUCUCCAGUUCGAUCCUGGGCAGCACCAGUAUUUUUGUUUUCCAUCUUUUUUUAUCAACCGUUUGUUGUUUAAUAAAUAAAAGAAGAAGAAAUGGCCGUUUCGUUGUUACUCAUUUACACAUCGUCGUUGACCCAAAAAAAAAAAGCGAUCUCCAUCAUCAUUCUCUAAAUUCUUUUACAAACCCUAAAAAUCUCAAUCUUCUUCACCGUCGAAUCACUGCUCUCUCUCCACACUCAAAAUCCAAAACCCAUUCUUCAUUCUCUCCGAUUUUGAAUUUACUUUAACAAUACCCUCCCUCCAUUCGCAUUGUUGAAGUUAAAAUUGAAAGGGGAGAGAAUGAAUAUCCAGAGGAAGUAAGAGAAAAGGUCUAAGUAACAUGAAGCUAUCCAACAUCCCACAACGCUAUGUCAUAGUCUUCUUGACUUUCCUCAGCACCUCCGUCUGUUACAUUGAGCGUGUUGGCUUCUCUAUUGCAUACACCGUCGCUGCUGAUGCUGCCGGAAUCAACCAGUCAAGCAAAGGAACCAUACUCUCCACUUUCUUUAUUGGCUACGCUUGCUCUCAAGUCCCUGGAGGUUGGGCUGCUCAGAAGAUUGGUGGAAGGAAAGUCCUCCUUAUGUCGUUUAUUCUAUGGUCGUCUACUUGUUUCUUGGUUCCUCUUGAUCCUAACCGAGUCGGGCUCUUGGUUUUCGCCCGUUUGCUUGUGGGUGUUGCUCAAGGUUUCAUCUUUCCUUCUAUCCACACUGUUUUGGCUCAGUGGGUGCCUCCUCAUGAGAGGUCUAGGCUGGUUUCGAUAACGACUUCGGGGAUGUAUUUAGGUGCAGCUUUGGGAAUGUGGUUGCUCCCUGCUUUGGUUGAGUUUAGAGGUCCUGAAUCAGUUUUCAUAGCAGAGGCCUUAGCUGGUGUUGUAUGGUCAUUGCUUUGGAUUAGGUACGCUACUGACCCGCCUCGGUCUGAGCAUCCGAAAGCCGCUGCUGCUGGAUUUGGAGGUGCUCUCUUGCCAACUAAUGUCAACCACAACCAUAGAGUUACUCACAUCCCGUGGAAGAAGAUAAUGCUCAGCUUACCCGUUUGGGCCAUUGUGGUUAACAAUUUCACAUUCCAUUACGCUUUAUAUGUGCUGAUGAACUGGCUUCCGACUUACUUCGAGCUUGGGCUCAAGGUCAGUCUUCAGGGAAUGGAUUCGUCGAAGAUGGUGCCGUACCUCAACAUGUUUGUAUUCUCCAUUGUUGGUGGGUUCAUUGCAGACUAUUUGAUCACCAAGAGAAUACUCUCUGUUACCAGAACACGCAAGUUCUUGAACACGGUUGGGUUCUUAGUCGCUUCAGCGGCGUUGAUGGCUUUGCCUCAGUUUAGAACCUCCAACGGUGUGAUCUUGUGUUCCUCUGUGGCUCUUGGGUUUCUGGCAUUAGGGAGAGCCGGUUUUGCGGUGAACCACAUGGAUAUUGCUCCCAGAUAUGCAGGAAUUGUGAUGGGAGUUUCGAAUACUGCUGGGACAUUAGCUGGAAUCAUUGGUGUUGAUUUGACUGGGAAGCUUCUUGAAGCUUCUAAGUUGAUCUACUCCGAUUUGUCACAUCCAGAGAGCUGGAGAAUUGUGUUCUUCAUACCUGGUUUGCUCUGUAUCUUUAGCACGGUUGUGUUUUUGUUGUUCUCUACAGGAGAAAGAAUCUUUGAUUGAAUGGGAUCAAAGUUUAUGAGAAACCCUUAUCAAGAUUAGUUAGUAGAGCCCUCUUACAUUUGAAGAUCCAUUGAAACCUUGGACUCUCAGGCUCUUCAUUGGUAUUUUUUUUUUUUGGGUGAGUGAACUUUGAAUCACACCAAGAGUUUCAUUAUUAGUUGAUCUUGCAAUAUACUAUGAAUAAGAAUAAAAAUCUGUAGUUGGAUAAUCAUUGAGGGGUUAUAUUUGGAUAUUGUAAAAUUUUCGAGUUUUUAUAUACAAUUGUAAGAAUUUAUGAGGAA